ACGACACGUAUGGUCCUUCCGAAGUCCCAACUACAAUGGCGAUGCGGCAGACACUGAUUCCGAAGAUGAAUUCGACCGCAACGAGCAGAGCGCGCUGCUCCAACCCACGAUGAGCCGCCAGACCAUGUCCACGACCGCCGUCAACAAGCCGCGCGGCGAAGUUAGCAUAGUAGUGCUUGAAGAGGCUGCCGUUCUGGCACAGCUUGCAGUGCACGUCGCCAUCUUCUUCACAGGCGCGUGGGGUCGUCACGGAAGAAUCGCGGCAAUCGCAAACAUUGCCGUCUGGUCGUACAUUGCCACACUCGCCUCGCUUCGCCUCCUGUUUUCUAGCACGAGCAAAUGGUCCUUCCCGAAGCUGUGGUAUCACACUGCAUUCAUUUACGGCUUCCAAUGGCUCUUCACGACUCUACUGUUCCGCUCGGCAAUCAUCCACCCGCAAUCCGAUCUUCAGCAAAAGCUCGCCGUCGCUGACUUCGCCCUGACUUCGCUGCUCUUCUUCAUCUCGCUAGGGUCACGAAAAGGAAACAAGGCUGUGGAGCUGGAGUAUGAGGGAGACAUUCUGCCGGCUAGGGAACCCACAGCCAGCGUUUUCUCGCUAGCGACGUUCAGCUGGGUAGACUCAAUCGUCUGGGUUGGUUACAAAAAGACAUACGAGCUAUCAGACGUCUGGAACCUUGCGCCCAGGGACAAGGCAGCAGCAGUUAUCUCCAACUACCGCCAAGUAAAGCGUACAUCUCAGUUGGCCUACCACCUUUUGGGCUACUUCAAACGCGGUCUACUGAUCCAGGCUGGCUGGGCUGCGAUCUCUGGCUUUCUCACAUUCGCUCCCACGUUACUGCUGAAGGCUAUCCUCGAAUACGUUGAGGCUCCGGAUCUGACGCCACAGAAUGCCGCAUGGUUUUACGUCCUCUUGCUCUUCGUCUCUGGCUGCCUUUCUGCGCUCGCUGACGGUCAAGCGUUGUGGAUUGGCCGCAAGAUCUGCAUCCGCCUGCGCGCGGUCAUCAUCGGAGAAAUCUAUGCCAAGGCGUUGAAGCGCAGAGCCGCUGCUACCACAGACAAGGUUUUGGGCGAGGAGAAGAAAAAGGACAACGACAAGGAAGAAGACCCCAAGAAGCAAGGCACGAUCAAGAGGAUGAUGACCUGGGGUCGGAAGAAGAAGAAGAUACCGACCGAAGGGCCAAAGCAGAACCAGGAGGACAACACCAAGCCCGAAUCCGAUGCCCAAGUCACUACCGGAGCUAUCAUCAAUCUCAUGGCUGUCGACGCCUUCAAAGUCAGUGAGAUUUGUGCCUAUCUGCAUUUCCUGUGGGCCAAUACCCCCGUCCAAGUCGUGGUCGCAAUUGUCCUGCUCUACCGGAUCCUUGGAUACAGUAGUAUUGCUGGUAUUGGCAUGAUGAUCAUCCUCCUCCCGAUCAACAUGUACGUUGCAAGCCAGUUCUCCAAGAUCCAAAAGCUCAUCUUGGCGGCCACCGACGCUCGCAUCCACACCACGAACGAAGUUCUGACCAAUAUCCGCAUCAUCAAGUACUUCGCUUGGGAACGGCGGUUCAUUGGGCUUGUCAACGAGAAGCGUUACGUUGAGCUGAAGCAUCUCCGCCGGCGAUACAUCCUGUGGGCAGUAGCAGCGACCAUCUGGUCUGGAUCGCCAGUCUUUAUCACCUUCCUCUCCUUCUUCGUCUACACCAAUGUCGAACACAAGGCUCUUAUACCCUCGGUCGCUUUCACUGCGCUUUCGCUCUUCCAAAUCCUCAGAAUCCCACUGGACCAAUUGGCUGAUAUGGUCGCCCACGUUCAAGAAUCGAGAGUUUCUGUUGACCGUAUUGAAGAAUAUCUGAACGAGCCUGAGACUGAAAAGUACUCGCAAUUGACAACUAACGAGAAGGAUGAGAAUGGUCAGAGCAUUAUUGGUUUCCACAAGGGCACGUUCAGCUGGGGCGGCAAGAAUAUGAAGGAUCAGGCUUCUGCUGAUGCUUUCAAGCUCAUGGACAUCGAUGUCAAGUUCAAGACUGGUCAGCUCAAUGUGGUUGCUGGACCAACCGGUUCCGGAAAGACCUCUCUGCUCAUGGCUCUACUAGGGGAGAUGACAAAGCUGAAGGGCGAUGUCUAUCUCCCCGGAGGCGUCAGUCGCGAAGAUCUCCGCCCUGACCCCGAGACAGGCCUCAUCGAAAGUGUAGCCUAUUGCGCACAGCAGGCUUGGCUGGUCAACGGUACAGUCAAGGAAAAUAUCGUCUUCGCAGGUGACUGGGACGCACAGCGAUACGAGGAUGUCAUCGUGGCUUGCUCGCUGAAGCGCGAUAUUGAAAUCCUUGACGGCGGUGACGAGACCAUUGUUGGUGAGAAAGGCGUGACCCUCUCUGGUGGUCAGAAGCAACGUAUCUCUCUUGCCCGUGCCAUGUACAGCAAAGCACGCCACGUCCUUCUGGACGAUGUCCUCAGCGCCGUCGACUCGCACACCGCCAAGUGGAUCUUCGAUUACGCCCUCAACGGUCAGCUUAUGCUCGACCGUACAUGCAUCCUGGUAACACACAACGUCAGCUUGUGCCUUCCGUAUGCCGAUUUCGCCGUUGUUCUUGAGAACGGUCGGGUCGUUGCCCAAGGAUCUGCUGACGAGGUCAUCGACUCCGGCAAGCUCACCGAGGAAGUAUCUAAAUCUAGGCCCGCUUCUCGAGGUGCUUCGAAGCCACCUUCCCAAGUACCCUCAGAGGUCGGCGGCGAGGAGGCUGACAGCGAGGUUAGUCACGCGAACGGUACCGCCAAUGGAAAGGCGAAUGGCAAGGCCUCUAAGAAGGGAGUCAGCAACCCUUUGGAGGAGACCAAGGCAGAAGGUGGCGUGAAGCUGAGCAUCAUCUUGAUGUAUUUGAAGGCUAUGGGUCCGUGGUACUACUGGGUUGGUGCUUCUAUCGCCUUUGUCGCACAGCAGAUCUCGUCCGUAUCGACAAACCUCUGGAUCCGGACAUGGGCAAAUGCGUACGCAGAUAAAGGUUUCUCAACAAUGGGCCAUCACAACCGCUCGCCUGUCGCUCACGCGCCGACGAUGUUUGGAUCCAGCACUUGCCUCACCAGAGGCGCUUGCAGCUGGAACGUCCCGUUCUUCAACCAACCUGAGGAGAAGUCGUACAUCUACAGCUCGUCCAUACAGACAACGUUCGGAAGCUCGGAUGGUUCAGGUGUCGAUUCGACCUACUUCCUUGUCGUCUAUGCUAUUCUUGGCCUGAUUUUCAUGUUCAUCACUUUCCUCCGCGAAGGAUUCCUGUUCGGUGGUUCGCUCGCUGCGUCACGACGCGUUCACGAGCGUCUCAUCCAGAGGGUCACCCACGCCAAGUUCCGUUUCUUCGAUCAAACUCCCCUGGGUCAGCUCAUGAACAGGUUCUCGAAGGACAUCGAAUCUGUUGACCAAGAAGUCGCACCUGUCGCCAUCGGUGUGGUUCACUGCUUGGCUUCGAUCAUCACUAUUGUCAUACUGAUCUCGGUCAUCACGCCUGCUUUCCUCAUUGCCGGUGCCUUCAUCUCGGUCCUUUACUUCCUCAUCGGUCGCUUCUAUAUCAACUCUUCUCGUGACCUCAAGCGUCUGGAGUCCGUGCACCGCAGUCCUUUGUACCAGCAGUUCGGCGAGACACUUUCUGGAAUGACAACGAUCCGAGCAUACGGAGACGAGCGUCGCUUCAUUCGCGAGAACCUUAUGAAGAUCAACACCCAGCAUCGUCCCUUCAUCUACCUCUGGGCCGCUAACAGAUGGCUCGCUUUCCGGGUGGAUGUUGUUGGUGCACUCGUGGCCUUCUUUGCGGGUACAUUCGUGGUCUUGAGCGUCGGAAAGAUUGACGCAGGUGCUGCCGGUCUGGCGCUUACCUAUGCUGUCACUUUUACAGAGAACGUACUGUGGUUUGUGCGUCUUUACUCGGCCAACGAGCAGAAUAUGAACUCCGUCGAACGUGUCAAGGAGUAUCUGGAUGUGGACCAGGAAGCCCCGGCUGUCAUCCCUGAGACACGCCCUCCAUCCAACUGGCCAAGCAAGGGGUCUGUGGAGUUCAUCAACUACAGCACUCGCUACAGGCCUGACUUCGAUCCUGUUCUCAAGAAUGUCACAUUCAAGAUUCUGCCAGGCGAGAAGGUUGGUGUUGUUGGCAGGACGGGUGCUGGCAAGAGUUCUUUGGCUCUCGCUCUCUUCCGUGCUUUGGAGGCAGAGAACGGCAAGAUCCUCAUCGACGAUGUCGAUGUUGGAUUGAUCGGCCUUCAAGACUUGCGUGAGAACAUCGUGAUGGUGCCUCAGGACCCGACAUUAUUCACUGGAACCAUCCGCAGCAAUCUCGAUCCCUUCUCAAUCUUCACCGACGAAGAGAUCUUCACUGCACUCCGCGAAGUCCACCUCAUCACCUCGGCUUCAGCAACGACAUCCGGUACAGUGACGCCCACAGAUACUGCCACCCCUCCCAACGCCAUCGAGAUCCCAAAGCCCACCAGUGGCGCUGUCGUAGCCGACGUCAACGCCAGCUACACUGGCUCCUCGACCGUAAACCCAGGCUCCAUUCUCGCGAACCGCGAAUGGUCGCACGGCGAAACAGGCGAAGACACCAUCGUCGUGGUGCCCAACGGCACCAUCGUCGACGCCGAAGUCACCGCUGCUACCGCCCUGCAAGCCGACAACAAAAACCCCUUCCGCAACCUCAACUCGCCCGUCAGCGAGUCCGGAUCCAAUCUCUCCCAGGGUCAACGCCAACUCCUCUGUCUUGCGCGCGCGCUUCUCAAGGCGCCCAAGGUGCUGCUCAUGGACGAAGCCACGGCGAGCAUCGACUACGCGACCGACAACAAAAUCCAGGAGACUAUCCGCUUGAUCAAGAACACUACCGUUACGAUCGCGCAUCGUCUCCAGACGAUCAUCGAUUACGAUAAAGUGCUUGUCCUGGAUAAGGGCGAGGUUAUCGAGUUUGGCGAUCCGCAUAGCCUUAUCACCAAGGAAGGGGGCAGCUUUAGGAGUAUGUGUGAGACGAGUGGUGAGCUGGAGGGUCUUACGAAGACGGCGAAGGAGGCGAUGGAUGCUAAGAAAAAGGCAGCAACGGCUUAGAUGGCCGCGCAGUGCUCAAUGUCGUGAUGGAUAUAGAAAGGAUGUUGAUGGGGACGUUGCUGAGCGUAGUUCGCGUUCUUCUCUUUUUGCUGCGUCUUGGAUGUGGGGAUGUGGGCGGUAUUUUGAUUCAGCAUGCAUUGUACAGUACACGAAAUAUAGCGAGACAGUAACGCAAAAGUUA